GCAGGGGCAGAAGUAUGGCUUUUUAAGAACCGCUUGCAAGUGGAUGCAUCUGUAUACCAGAACACCAGUAUCAAUCAGAUCAUUGGUCGUCCGGUAUCAUCUGCCAGUGGUUUUACCAAUGUUAUUGAAAACGGUGGAGAAGUGCGUACCCGUGGCUUUGAAGCCUUGGCCAGCCUGCGUAUACUGAACGGUGAAAACUUCAAAUGGACCACCUCUGUAAAUUACUCCCGUUACCGGAGUGUGGUAACCAAAUUACCGGAAGGGGUAGAUCAGUAUGUAACCGGUGUAGCCAAUAUUUUUGGUGGAGGCGGUGGUUCCAAUACCGUAUUUUACAUUGCCCGUGAAGGCGGAAGGGUUGGUGAUAUGUACGGAACCGGCUUUGUUGAAGUGGACGGUGAAAUACUGUAUGGCUCAAACGGAUUGCCGGUGCAGGAUGCUGCCCUGCGAAACCUUGGUAACUACAAUCCUGAUUUCAGUAUGGGUUUUGGCAAUGAGUUCCGUUAUAAGAACUUUACGCUUUCCGUACUCUUUGACUGGCGCUAUGGAGGAACCAUUGUCUCGCGUACCAAAGCCAUAGCCAGUACCUCCGGAGUAUUGGCGGAAACCCUUGAGGGCCGGGAGAGCGGUAUAGUAGGAGAGGGAGUGAUGAUCCAGCCCGGUACCGAAGAGAACCCGGUUUACGUGGCCAAUACCACAAAAGAUUUUGAUAAAAUAAACGAGAACCCCAACGCACCUGAGAAUAUUGCUCCGGAAUUUUUACUCACCAACAUCAUUACAGCUGCGGCAGAGCAGAAUACGUAUGACCAGGGAUUUUUACUGGCCAGCUACCUGGUACAACAUUCAGCCAGUGUAGAGUUUGAGCGUAUUGACCGUUAUGAGAUGGGUUCCAACAGUGAUUACUGGAAUACUAUUUUCAGUUUGCUUACAGACAUUGAAUCCAUGAAGAACGCGGAGGCCAGUAAUGAAGCCUAUGAAGCGGUGGGUGAUAUUAUGCGGUGCUAUCUCUUUUCACAGCUUACCGAUAUGUGGUAUGACGUACCCUAUACCGAGGCAUUGCAGGCCGGUGAAAACAACUAUACUCCGGUGUAUGACACACAGGAGCGUAUUUAUACCGAUUCGGAAACCGGGCUGUUGGCGGUGUUGGAAGGAGCUGCUGCUACUUUAGAGAAUACCAACUUUGCUAUUAAUGGCGAUGUAAUGUUUGGAAACAACCUGAGUAAAUGGGUACGCUUUGCAAACUCAUUACAGGUGCGUUACCUGAUGCGUAUGAGCAAGCGCUUUGGUGAUUACCCGCAAUUGCAAACCCGAUUACAGGAUCUGGCCAAUUCCGGCCAGCUCAUGCAAGGCAAUGGUGAUAAUGCCGUAGUGCCUUACCUGAGUGCAUCACCUAACCAGUUUCCGCUCUAUAACGCAUCUCAGGGUGGUUACCAGGAGCACCGGAUGACCGCUACUAUAGAUUCUGUCCUGAAACUAUGGGAUGAUCCCCGUGUAAUGAUAUUGUAUAAACCCAGCAAUAACUCGGUCAACGAUACUAUUCCUGGGGUAGAAUACAACGGUUUGCAGAACGGUCAGAGCCGGGAGACAAUUGAUGGUAAUAGUAUUGACCUGAAUGAUAUCUCCCUUUAUGGUUCUAUAUUUCGCGAUGAGCCGGCUGGGGUAGAUGCGCAGUUCAUGCAGUACUCGGAGUUGCAAUUCGCUUUGGCAGAAGCCGCAGAACGCGGUUAUAUAGGUGGUAGUGCCGUUACCUAUUAUGAGAAUGGGGUACAGGCCAGCUUUGAUUAUUACAACGCCCAACGUCCCGCGGACUAUUUUACCCGUGCUGCGGUUGCUUUGGACGGUACCGAUAACCUGAACCGCAUCCUCACGCAAAAGUGGCUGGCGCUGUUCAACAACGGCCAUGAGGCUUGGUUUAACGUGCGCAGAACGGGUAUGCCUUACUUGAAACCCGGUCCGGACAACUUCAAUGAAGAUCGUUAUCCCGUGCGUUACCUCUAUCCGGAAUCGGAGCAGGCUACCAAUGCAGAGAAUUAUCAAACAGCCGUCAAUCGUAUUGGCGGUGACAACAUCAAUAGUAAAGGCUGGUGGGAAAAGGAUUAG